AUGUUCAACUCCACUUUCCCACCACCACCACCACCAUCACAAGGGCAAGCCGCUGCUGUUCAUGAUAAUGGAGGCGGCGCCAUCCCAAACGCUUGCCCUACCGUUGAUUGCAACUUGAUAUACCAAUACUUUAAGUAUCAUCUUGACUUGGAGGAUGUGGAUCAGUCGCCAAAGAUCACAAAGACUAGUACUAUGAUGUUUGAAGGAUAUCAUUCCAGUAAUUCUAGCUUCACUUCUACUACUAAUAUUACUACACCGUUUGUGUCGUCAUCUCAAAUGAUCAGCAGUGGAAGUUCAUCGGCUGGAUCCUUCGAUGGUGUGGCGCCGAUGGAUCAGCAAGAUGAUUUGCAGCUUGAUGAUGAAUGCAAGAAGGAUGAGAAGAAAGCGAAGGUUGGAGGACAAGUGAUUGCACUUCGAACACAAACAGAACUGGAGACCUUGGAUGAUGGGUUCAAAUGGAGGAAGUAUGGGAAGAAAAUGGUGAAGAGUAACCCUAAUCCCAGGCAUUACUAUAAAUGCUUGAUUGAAGGAUGCAAAGUGAAGAAAAGAGUAGAAAGAGAUGGAGAAGAUUCAAGCUAUUUGAUCACAACCUAUUUUGGGAAGCACAAUCAUGAAAGCUCUGGCGCUGGUUACUGUGAUCGAUCGCCUUUCAUCCUCGUGCUCCGCCCAUCUCAAUCUACCUAAAUUCAACCCGAUCUAAUCCCUUCAUGCUUGUAAUAACUGUGUGUAUCUCCAUUCCUGCUUUAAUCGUCUAAACUUACUAAUAUGUCUAGUCAAGUGCAAUCAAAUUACCAAGACAAAAGUACAAG